AUGGGAGUAGAACUCGGAGGACCAGGGGUAGACCACUCCCACCCUGGCUACCCUCAUCGUCCUAUGAACCCGGUAUUGGCGACACCUCUCUUUGUCCUCAGCGGGGUCUUUACCGUUCUAUUCCUGUGUCGGGUGGUCAUAAGGUUUCAGCAUCGCCGUCGUUUACGUGAGAUUCUUCAGACAGAGGACCAGUGCAAGUUUUCGCGGACCAGCGUCAUCUUUGCCUGGAUUAAGAAACAUGCUUCAUAUGGGAAGCAUACCCUUACGACUGGAAGCUACGUUAGUUCUGGGAUAUAUCACGACCAAUUUGCUUUUCUUGUUCGUCCUAGUCGACUGGUGGACGGACUAUCAAGAAAAGAUGUACCAACUAAAAUAUGCCGCUGGACAUCUGGCAGUGAUGAAUUCACCUGUGCUCGUCUUGAGCGCGGGUCGGAACAAUCCCCUCAUCCCACUUCUGGGCAUUCCUUUCGACACAUUCAAUUUCCUGCACCGCUGGGUCGGACGAGUCAUGAUAGCUGGGGCCCUGAUUCAUAUGGGCUGUGUCAUUGGGGCCCAGGCAAUGCAGGGUGGGUGGUUCAGCCGUCUCAAAUGAUGGCCGCUGCUGACAAGGGCAACAGUAUCCAUGGACGCAAUCACGAAGGAACUUUGGAGUCAGCCUUUCUAUGUAUAUGGGAUGAUUGCCCUUAUUGCAUUUGUAGUUAUUUUCUUUCAAUCAGUAUCACCAAUUCGGCAUGCAUUCUACGAAGCCUUUCUUCAUUUUCAUAUAUUCCUCGCAAUCAUGGCAUUUGUUGGGCUGUGGUAUCAUCUGCGUGGCUUGGCCCAGCAGCGGGUUCUUUUGGCCACAGGAUUGCACGUCUCGUCAGCAUUCUCUGGCGGAAUUGCGGCAAACAGCGUACUUCUGCUACCGUUGAACUGUUGCCUGGAGACGUCGCCCGGGUUGAGGUCGCUGUGUCGCGUCCCUGGAAAUUCAAGGCCGGACAGUAUAUGUACCUCUAUAUCCCAUCGCUAGGACUAUGGACCUCGCAUCCGUUCUCCGUAGCAUGGACAUCCUCAGAUCGAAUGACAACCAACAAAAAGCGCGAUUCAAGCGACUCGUUCAAUGUAUUGCUGGGGGGACGGCAACGGACUACCAUGUCAUUCCUGAUCAAGCGGCGAGAUGGAUUUACCAACAAGCUGUUGACGAAGGUUCACAGAUCCGAGGCAGGGAGGUUUAACGCGACUGCGUUGGCAGAAGGGCCAUUCGGGGGGCUUCACUCGCUUGCAUCUUAUGGUACGGUACUGCUCAUCGCAGGGGGAAUAGGGAUAACUCCCCCACUUUCGUACCUGCAUGAGUUUGCCGAUGGUUUCUCCGACCGAUCGAUGGCGGUGCGGAGAGUCACCUUGGUAUGGGUUGUACGCCACCUGGAACAUCUGGACUGGAUCCAGCCGUGGAUGGCCUCUCUAUUCGACCAUCCAGCCGUCGAAGCCCCGAACGAGCGCAAGCAAACCUCAUACUUUCAGCUUUCUAAAUUCUCCUUAACAAUUCAAGUCUACGUGACAGCAAAAGGGUAUACCACAGACGAACACUUAUCCAACAAGAGCCCUUGGACCAAAUCGCCACCAUCAACUGUGUCUAUCAGCAUCAAGCACGGCAAACCAUCGUUUGCGGAAGUUGUGGAGGCGGAGAUGGAGCAGCAAGUUGGUGCGAUGGCUGUCAGUGUCUGCGGCCCUGGAGGAAUGGGCGACGAUGUGAGACAGGCCGUUCGUGAACGUCAGAAUGGACGGUUGGUUGAUCUUUAUGAAGAUACGUUUUCUUGGUAG